AAAUUAAACCAAAAAGACAGUGCUUUUAGCGUAAUGAACAGAUGAAAACAAGACUCGAACACGCCUCAUAUAAGAAACCAUUGCUAUGACUCUUUCUUGACUCAACCAUGGAAUAUUCCACCGAAGAAUUCGACGUUAUAGUCAUUGGCGCCGGAGUCAUGGGAAGCUCCACCGCUUAUCAAACCGCAAGGAGAGGCCAAAAAACUCUCCUCUUAGAACAAUAUGAUUUCCUCCACCACCGUGGCUCCUCCCACGGUGAGUCACGCACCAUACGGGCAACGUACCCGGAGGACUACUACACUGAUCUCGUCCUUGAGUCCUACGCUCUCUGGGAACAGGCCGAGUCUGAAAUCGGCUACAAGGUCUACUUCAAGGCCCACCAGUUUGACAUGGGCCCAUCCGAUUCCAAAAUCCUCAGGGCCGUCAUCGCCAGCUACCGCAGAAAAUCCCUCCCUCACCGGGCCUUAAACAGCCAACAAGUAGCCGAGCAAUUUUCGGGUCGGAUUCAGAUACCUGAAAACUGGGUCGGGGUUUACUCGGACAAAGGCGGGGUAAUUAAGCCAUCUAAGGCUGUUUCCAUGUUCCAAACUCUUGCUUUGAAAAACGGCGCCGUAUUGAAGGACAACUCCGAAGUUAAAGAAAUCAAGAAGAUAGGCGGAGAAAACGACGGCGUUUUGGUCACCAUCGCUAGUGGCGAGAGUUUCCGCGGAAAGAAAUGCGUGGUGACAGUAGGGGCUUGGACUAGGAAGUUAGUUAAAACGGUAUGCGGGGUUGAAUUACCGAUUCAGCCCUUGGAGACCACCGUGAGUUACUGGCGAAUCAAAGAGGGUUAUGUAUCCGAUUACGCCAUCGACAACGGUUUCCCGUCAUUCGCAGGCUACGGAGAUCCAUACAUAUGCGGAACGCCAUCGUUCGAGUACCCGGGUCUGAUUAAGGUUGGGAUCCACGGCGGGUACCCUUGCGAUCCAGAUAAAAGGCCGUGGCGACCUGGGAUGUCUCUCGGGGCCAUGAAGGAGUGGAUUCAGAAGCGGUUUUCGGGUAGGGUAGAUUCAAGCAAACCGAUUACAACCCAGUUGUGCAUGUACUCAAUGACCCCAGAUGAGGAUUUUGUGUUGGACUUCUUGGGUGGGGAGUUUGGAAAAGAUGUGGUGAUGGGUGGUGGGUUUUCGGGUCACGGGUUCAAGAUGGCACCAGCGGUGGCUAGGUUGUUGGCCGAUCUGGCGUUGACCGGGGAAACCAAGGGAAAUGGCCUCAAGUACUUUAGGAUAGGAAGGUUUGUGGAGAACCCGAAAGGUAAUGUCAAAGAAUAUUCCGAGGAGCAAAUAAAUAAUUGUGGGUGGAUAUGAUAUUCGAUAAGUGGGAGUGAUGCAGAUUAGAGUAGUGGAGUGUUUUAUUAUUAUUAUUAUUAUUAUUAUUAUUAUUAUUAUUAUUAUUAUGUAGAAUAGUAGAUAUUGUAGAGUAGUAUAGUGCAUAAAAUACAUCAAUAAUUAAAAAAACGCUAUGCGGCACCUCUUUGGUUCA